AUGGCCGAACAAAUAUCUGACGCUGCGUUCGGCAUAUUCCGGGCCACUGUGGAAGAAGCUGAGAGCACUUCGCCGUACGAAGUCGGGGUCGGCGAUCUCGAAAAGUCACUCCAUGUCAAGCGAGAGGCAGCAGAAGUCGAACACGCCACGGAAGAAAUAUCGCAUUGGUCUACGUCUCCCAAACUCGAGGAUUAUUUCCUGACUCUUCCUCGACUUCCCCUCCAGGCUCAGCCUACUGAGCCCUUUCUAUUCCACGUUAAGACAGUCAGGAACACUGCCAUUUCCCCUCAAGUCCUCUCUGUCUCUCUACAUACCCAGCUCCUAAUCCAAUUAUUAUUAUUAUCCCACAUCAUUACAUAUCUUGUAUCAUUCCUUGAUAUUCUAUAUCCUAUAUCAAUCAUUCCUUCAUGCGAUUUAAGCGCUGUCUUGCCUACGAACAACGCCACAGACAUGAAUCCAUGCUGCAAGGUCGCGACCAUAAGCGCUGGUCUUUUUUUUGCAUUCAUUUUCGCCAUGAUGAUACCGGCGAAUGUUGCGAAGUUUGCGAAGGAGAUUUUUCGUAGCGGUCUUCGUCAGGGAAAAAUCAGCGACAAAGUAUCUCGCCGCGCUGCCUACGACGACACUCUUUUGAAAAUGAACUACGCCGGACUCUUUGCAGCACCCAGUUUUUCCGGGAUUCCCUGCUACAUGGAGCCCUAUAUGCUGGCAGUAGGGAUGGAUUGGCCGUCGCGCCAAAAUGUGUUCGAAAGCCCCGAUAUACCGAUGAUUGCGUGGACGGAUUGCCUGCUACAAGUAACUCCAUUUGCCGCGGUUGGGCUUUGCGCCAGACUGCUUCAAUGUGUUCCUUCCGAAUGCAUUUUCACCGAUUUGCUUGCGCCUGACUUGAUGACAGAUCCAUGUGUGCAACUUUCCAAUUGGACCAGUUGUGAUUGCUUUAUCGCUGGUCUGCCCUCCUUUGCCUGGCAAGGAAUUCCAGAUAAGUUGAAUGCCGAUGAAGAAAUUGCAGUCAUUUUGCGAGUUUAUAGCCAGAACGGCAUUCAUUGGCUCACUGCUGGGCUAGACUACAAUGGCUGGAUGGUCGAUCUAGCAGGUGCAGGGAUUCCCGGCGCGGUGCAUAACCCUGCUUACAUCUACAACACACCCACAACAGUGUUUGCUAAGACAUGGUGUGUAACAACCUAUACCAUAAAAGAAUGCUGGUCUGUCUACAUCGGAGAAGACUUGGAGACGCCCGCCCAUAUUUUGGCACCGGUGCAUUCAAUCCUUAUUGCGCUUGCUUUCUUGGGGGCUGAUCUCUUGACUUUCAUGGGCCUCUUUGCUGUCACUGCGAGUACUACGAAGUCACCUGAGAUCUCCACUUGCGACGUAAAGCCGGCUAUCGAACGCGGGAAAUCCGAGGCGUUCUCCCGCAGGGGGAUAUGGUCGGCCGUCGGAGUCGGCGUGGCCUUGGCGCGACGCGCGGAGAAGAUCGCGGAUCUGCUCGACGUCGUGCAGGCCAUGCGGCUCCGCGACAUCCUCACGGGGAACACGAAGCACGUCAUCGACGAGGCCGCGCUGCCGCCGUCGCCGGCCGCCCUCUACUACUUCCUCGACGACCAGGACUCGCAGCGCGGCUCGAAGUGGAACCCGAAGGGCGUCGGCCGGCCGCGCUUCAACGCGUUCAACCGGCAGGUCACCGAGCUCCUCCGCGACCCCUUCGUCGUCGCGAACAUGCUCGCGGCGCUGAAGAUGGUGUCGGACCGCGGGCCCGUCGUCGAGUCGGCGCCCGACAGCGGCGACCCGGCGCGCGCGCCGCGCGGCCGGCCGCCGAAGCGGCGGCUCGAGACGGAGGACCCGGCCAUGAAGCUCAUGCAGGAGCAGGUGGAGCGGGCGGAGGCCAAGAACGCGGCCCUCGAGAAGGAGAAGGCGGCCCUCGCGGAGGAGCUGCGGGAUGCCGAGGCGACGGCGGCGGCCAAGGCCGACGGGAUUUCGUCGGUCACGCUCGACGCGGCGUUGAAGGCCAUCCGCGACGCGCUGGACCGCGCCAAGCUCCAGUCCGAGCAGGCGUCGCGCAACAUCGACUUAAUCGUCGGCGUCGACAGCAGCGACCUCUCGAUGGCCGAGCUGGGCGUGCUGAGCAAGGUCGGCGACCUAGUGCACCUGAGCGCGGAGGUAUUGGACGCGGCCGUCGCGUCCGCGCCGGGCCUGGCGCAGCAGCUCGACGAGCUCGUGGCGACGCCCCGGGCGAAGCCGGAGCUCGCGCUGAUCAAGCGCCGGCGCGUGUUUCUCAAGCUCCUCGAGGUCGCGAAGGUCAGGAGGACCAAGGGCGGCGUCGAGAACGUGCUACCGCGGCACGCGGCCGUCACGGCCAUGGCGACCGGGGCGACGGCCGCGAGCGUCGAGACGCGGCGCGGGUGCAUGGGCGACACCAUCUCCUUCGCGGAGACGUGGCGCUUCUUGACGGUGGCGGGGCGCCUCGCCAAGGUCGCGUACCCGGGCCUCUUUCCGGGCCGGCGAGUCGCCUUCGCCGACGACAACGCGCAGUGGACGCGCCUCUGGGCGCAGCAGCGCCUGGAGCACUUCAAUUCGUUCGAGACCAACCCGCUGCUCCAGUCGUGGUUCGCGAUCGUGUGGCCGCUCCAGACGCUGCCGCUGGAGAAGACGCUCCGCGAGCUCGGCGUGCGCUCGAAGCCCUUCGUCGAGGUCCGCGCGGCCGACUUCGACAUCGACGCCCACUCCCAGUCCUGGCUCGCCAAGGAGCUCGCGGUGCUGAGCGUCGACGGCGGCUACGGCCGCGACCUCCUGAAGCGCACGCUCUACAAGCUCGUCUGGCGCCACGACCCGGGCGCGUUCCCGCCGGCGGUCUUCAAGAAGCCGCGGUGGACCGACGCCUACAAGUACCGGCCGGAGGGCCCGCUCCAGCUCGAGGAGGACUGGAAGAAGGACGACGUCAAGUCCCUCGAGGUCCAGCUCAAGAACACGCAGAAGGUGCCCGAGGUCGCCGAGGCGCGCCUCCAGGUGCUCGACUGGUUCGGCAUCGGCUGCGGCGACCCGGGCAAGGACUGGGUGAUCUGCGUCGGCGACUACGUCCUCUACAGGAACGGCACGAACGCGGCAGGCAUGACGGUCGCCGAUUUAUCGCGGCUCCAGGACAAGCGCGUCGUGCGGACGACGGCGCAGCUCGUCGCGCUCGAGGCCGCGGAGACGGCGGCGGCGACGCCGCUGGCCGGGCCGACGGGCGACGCCGCGGCGGCGUCGACGACGGUCUCGGCGCAGCCUGCGGCGGCGACGCGGUCGACGGCGGUCCCGGCGACGUCGACGGCCGCGACCGUCGCGGCGACGUCGACGGCCGUCGAGGACGGGCCCUCGCCACGGGAGUCGCUCGACGCCUUCUUGGCGACGAACCCGAGCUCCAAGCAGGUCCAAGAGGCCUGCAUGGCCUGGGGCUUUGGGAGGAACGAGGACGUCACGCAGUACAAGCGCGCGGCGAAGCUCGAUCACGGCACGGGCAUGACGAUCUGCCGCCUCGCGAGGCUCAACGGCAUCAACCUCCUCAAGUACCUCGUCGAGAACAUCGACGAGCUUUGCUUCGCGAGCCGCGACUACUCGCCCCUCGUCUCCGGGCGGCUGCCGCGCGCCUGCACGCUGCGCGAUGCGUCGGCGCGCGGCGGCGACGGCGGCGACGGUCUGGACCGCUUCGAAGAGGCCGGCGACGACGACGUCGACGAGGCAUGCUACGUCUGCGGGGACGCGCUCGGCAUCGUCGAGUCGCACGUCUUCUGCGUCGGCUGCGGUCAAAAGGCGCACGUGAACUGCGUCGGCCAGCGGUCGCGGGGCGACCACCUCUGCGACGAGUGCGCGGAGACGCCGUGGCGGGCGCCGCCGCGGCCGACGUCGACCCUGCUCAGCAUGCGCGUCAUCCGCAAGAUGGUGGACGACGACGUCCAGCUGACAGUGCUUCGGGAGAACCCCAAGGGCGGCAAGAGCCGCGACCGCUACGAGGCCUACAAGGUCGCGACGUCGGCCGCGGAGUUCCAGAGGCUCGGCGGCUCCGCGGAAGACCUCCGCAACGACCUCGUGCGAGGCUACGUCACCCUCGGCGGCGAGGCCGCGAAGGAUCCGUGCGUCCUCGCGGCCCUAUUGCCCGCGACGGGAGCCGCCGCUCCACGGCCGCGCGGCGAGGCCCGCGCGGUCGCGAGGCCCGAGCUGGCGCCGCGGCCGACGACGGCGUCCGACGGGGCGUUCCAGUCCUGCCUCCGCGCGAUCAAGGCCCAGGGGCUGCAGCCGGGCACAUCGUCGGCGCCCGACGACUGGGACCCGCUGCGGGGCCUCGAGCACGUCCUCGGCGACGCGACCUGCGGGCUGCCGCUCCGCACGUCGUACCGGGCGGAAGCCGCCGCGAUCCGCGCCGCGGCGACGCCCGCGCAGCGGCGCGCGUUCGCCGGGCGGUGGCUCGACAUCGUCGACGACCGGGCCAAGGUCUUAGUCGAGCGCUCCGGACCGCGGGCGUGCGGCGCGCUCGUGAGCUUCCGGGCCCACGUCCUCGAGGGCCUCGGCGACGCGAAUUUGGACGCCGCGGGCCGCGCGGACGUCGACGCGUGCGCGCGCCUCAUCCAGGGCCACAUCGACGAGAACUGGGCCAAGGCGCGACGGCUCGACGACCUCGCGACGCGCAUCGCCGCGGCGCGCCUCGCGGCCGACGACGGCGGAGGCGCGACGGCCGCGGACCGGCGCGGCGACGACGGCGGCGACGACGACGUCGGCCGCGCGGACGGCCGCGGCGACGGCGACGGCGGCUUCGACGCCGCCUACCCCGAGCUCCUUCGGAUCCACAAUCUGCCGGGGUUCUGGCACCUCCUGGAGGCCGGCGGAAUCAAGGUGAUCUUCAAGCUCUACUACAAGUCGCUCCUGGGACGCUGCGCCCACGACGUGCUCAAGCGCAAGGGCAUCACCAUCAAGGCGGCCAAGUUUUUACAGGCCACGGAGCUCUUCUACCACGUCUGGGAGGCCAUGGCCACCGCCCUGUUCCGCGCGCACCGGAAGAGCCAGACGUUCCGCGAGUCGCCCGUCGACCUCGCCACGCCGGAGCUGUACAUGGACAACUUCCUCGAGUGGUACCGCGCGAAGCGGGGCACGGGCGACGUGCCCUUCGUCCACUACGGUGGGUUCGUCUUCGGCAUGGGCAUCUACUUCCGCUUCUGCAAGAAGAGCAUCAGCCUCAAGCUGCCCAUGCUCACGUUCGCGCUCCAGCUCAUCCACCUCGGCGCCUGCGACAUCACGAACAAGUACAACCUCAAGCGCCAGUGCUUCUACAGCCUCGUCAACUUCCUGACGAGCUCGGAGGACGUCGCGAAGGGCUUGCUCGCGGCGUCCACGGUGAGCCUGAGCGGCCGGCAGCACCACGCGGUCUCGUCGGACGCCGCGCAGGAGAUCAAGCAGGGCGAGAUCCAGAAGAGCAUGGGCCCCAAGUUCGGCGUGGCCAAGGUGCUGAUCCACUCGGCGCUCAACGACCUGCUCUCGGGCGUCGCGAAGUCGUUCGCGGCCAUCGCGACGGGCGACGCGUCGGCGGCCGCGGCCGGCGGGCGGUCGAAGAACGCGCAGGCCGACAUCGCCGCCCUCGUCGCCCACUUCGAGGCGCACGACAUCUUCAACUACGAGGGCCCGGCGCGGACGUCGCUCCCCGCGGGCCUGACCUCCAAGGACUACGCGCUCCCCAAGGGCUACGUGGCGCCCCUGGACUUCACCGCGCCGCUCGACAGGCAGCACCAGCCCGUGCUCGAGCGGGCCUUCGUCGCGGCCACGGAGCUCCUCACGCAGGCCGGCCUCCACCAGGCCGACGAGCCCGUCGAGCUCGCCGUGCCGGCGCUCCGGGACGACGACGACCUCUCCGCGGAUGGCGACGAGUCCGUCUCCUCCCAGUACUCCGACGCCGAGCCCGAGGUCGACGAGUCCGACUCGGACGACGACGACGCCCGGCUCCGCGCCGACGCCGAGGCGCGCGAGGCGGGGGAUUAG